CAUCAGGAAUAAAGAAACAAUUACUCAUUAUUAUUAUUAUUAUUAUUAUUAUUACUGAUGUUUGGGGAGAUGCGCGCGCUCGUGGCACUUCUCAUAGUCGCGGGAGCGCGCUUGGCACAGCAGGAGGUUAUAGAUGACAUUUUGGACAGUGUGUCUAAAGGAGUGAAUUAUUUUGAACAGCAGAGCAGGAACAUAAAUCUGGACGGUGUGGUGGGUUAUGUCAUCCUGCAAGCCCAGUUACAGGAAGCCACGAAAUCUCAGACCCAUUCAGAUUCUCUAAACCUCUCUCAGCGCACCAUCGCCCUGUCUCUGGUCAAAAAACUGGACAAGAGUCUGGCUCUUGCUGUCACUUCACUUCAGGAGAUGGAUCCAAAAUACUACAAAGAGUUUGAACCCGUCUUAUCCUCGUCUUUCUGGUCCUUGCCUCAUGAAUGGACCUCCACUGACUCGUCCCUGGUGUACACGUCUCCGAGAUCCGUAGAGUGUUACGACGAGCAGCUCGGGGAUAAGUGCAUGACGUUUCUUCUGGGAACCUGGAAAGACGAUGGGACGCCGUGCAUCGUCACGAAGGCCUGCAGGGACACCAUGACGCGAUUCGGGUGUCCACAUUACUCUUUGUCCCACCAGCUGCUCUACUUCAUGAUCGGGACGAUGAAAGGGUGUACCAGGAUGCUGAAUGGAGAGUUGAAGCUCUUACCAGUUAACAUCACAGUACAACACUAUCACAGGAUUUUCUGCUCCAACAUGAUGAGGAGCAACCAGGAGAUCAGCACCAAGGGCUUCACUGGGCAAAUCCAAGAUAUCUUCAUGGAGAACAUUCUCCUUUGUGGGCUGGCUGGAUUCUCUGACUUUUACAAAGCCGCCUGGCUGCAGCACAUUCUGACUUGGCAGGACAAGGAGCUGGGCUGUUUCGGGAAAGACGACGACUACUUGCAAAUGUUCGAGGAAUAUUUGGAUGCGGCGCACAAGCGCGUGAAGAGGAGGGAGAAAACACUGAAAGACGGAUGCUCGAGUCACACGACGGGCGUGGCCAUGGGUGCGCUGGGCGGAUACCUCAACUUUUACCUUUCUGAGCAAGACACUACGAAACGACCACUGGUGUAAAAUAUAUAUACAUAUACAUUAUAAUAUACAGUUAAACCUUGGAUUGCGAGCAUAAUUCUGGAAGUGCGCUUGUAUACCAAAACACUUGUAUAUCAAAGUGAAUUUUCCCCCAUAAGAAAUAAGAAGUAACUUUUUUUUUUGGUCCACAUCCCAAAAAGAUUUAUAGAAAAAUAAUUAAUACAAAAUAAAAAGUAAAAAUAAAACAAAUUAACCUGCACUUUACCUUUAAAAAGAAUUGUGGCUGAAGUAAAAGUAAUUGAAAGAAUUGAAAGAAGUAAUUGUGGCUCUCACUUAAGAGAGAGGAGAGGAAGAGAAAGGGGACUACUCUGUAGGAUGAUUUCUACACACACAUACACUUACACACACAAAGUGUUAUAGUAAACAGUACACACGCGCACGCCGAAUGAUGACUAUACAAGUGACGUACACGCACUGAGACCGAGCAUGGGAGACGAUUACCCACAAUUCUGCUCGUAUUUCAAGACCUCACUUGUUUACCGAAUUAAAAUUUACACUUGAAACACUCGUAGACCAAGGUACUCGCAAUCCAAAGUUCCGCUGUAACAAAUUAAUACAUUCAGU